AGCCACCAUAUCUUUGUCAAAAUUUUAAUAUCUCUACAGGACAGCAAACCCAAUUUUAUUCAAUGCCUCGCAUUUUGGAGGCAGCAGAAGUUCGGCGUACUUAGUUGAACCGGAAUGUUCCGGUUCCGAGGGGAACUUUGAAAUGUGCAGAAUGGGGGACAGAAACGGUGUUACCACUUGUUCAAGUUCUCACAGUGUUGCUGUAAGCUGCAAUCCGCAGAAUCUAGAUAUGGCAAAUAUUCGACUUGUAGACGGUCAGGGACCAUGGAAUGGUCGAUUGGAGAUGAAAAACAAUGGCGUAUGGGGAAGCGUCUGCUAUGAUUUCUGGAAUGAUACACUAACAGACUUAGUUUGUCAUAGUCUUCGUUUCCUAGAUUCAAAUGGAACGAGCUUCAAGACAUCGAUUGGUUUCACAUCCAUGCAUUUCAAUUCGUUUGACUGUCCGCCAGGUGGCGUUACAAAUCUAGGAGAAUGUAUCGCUGACUUUAACAUAAGUGACUGCAGCCAAAGUAGCUCACAAGCUGUGGGAAUCGAUUGUUCCGGCGGUCUUAGUGUCAGUUUAAACGGCGGAGGGUACCAGCAAGGAAUGGUCGAGUUUCAUACACAGAACACAACACGACCGUGGACCGUGUGUAGAUCCGGUCUAAAUAAUGUUGCUGCGCAGGUUAUCUGUACUAUGACAGGAUUCAGCAACACGUCACCAAAUAUAACAUCAGUUGCGUCACAAAAUCCAAUCUUAUAUACAAACAUAGCAUGUGACGGUUGGGAAAGUCAUGUAUCACAGUGUUCGGCUAUUAAUACGGGGCAGUCAUGUGACGAAAGAGCCUACAUUGAUUGUUUCGAUGGUUGUGUAAGGAACUAUACCGGACCAAGUGGAACAAUUGUCUCAGAAAACUAUCCUGGAUAUCCUGCCGAUACAGACUGCCUUUAUAUAGUCAAAAACACCGGAAAUGACGUGCUGAAACUGAAGUUCAAUGACAUUGACCUAGCUGGAGAUGGAGACUUUGUGGAGAUAAAAGAAGGACCACAUGGGACGCAGCUAGGAAAAUUCGCAUCAAAUGCUGCAGUGCCAAUUUUAUCUUCGAACAAAGACAUUUAUAUAAGAUUUAAAACAAACAACAUGACAAACGCCCGGGGAUUUAAUGUGUCCUUUAGUCCUUUAAAUGUUGAAGAUGCUGUCACAAUGAAUUGCGGUCCCACGGGAUGGCAUGUUACAGUUAACUCUACCACGAUACGGCAGCUAUUCCCGGACACUGGGGUCUCACAAAUAAAAUUGACGGAUCAGAAAUGUAUGGGUCGUGUCGUCGGAGAUCUAGUCAUCUUUGACCAACAUUACACCCAGUGCUCUACUACACAUAUAGUUAACGCGGGAAAUGUGGUGUACAAUAACCAGCUAGUUUACCCAGAAGCCUCAGUGCCAUUUCCGGUCGUUGUUCGGGGAUACAGAUGGACGGUAGAAUUAGAGUGUGAUGUAGCUCGGACAGAUACUCUUACUAACAGUUUCCAUCCCAACCGAACAGUUGUACAUCACAAUCCUCAUAUCACGAGCAACACACAUUACACGUCGCAGGUUAAAUUCUUUGCCGAUGGUACUUUCUUUAAAGAAAUAAGUGGCAAUCCCCUUUCGCUAAAAACAGGUGAAGAUGUGUACGUAAUGGUAAAAAUGUCGUCUGAUGACGGCAAUAUCAAGAUGAGAGUUGACAGCUGUUACACAAAACCGUCUGCUAACGCUGGUCCGGCGUUAACGUUUCCACUCAUUCAAAAUGGGUGUGUAGUUGAUACUUACACCCGACUCUUGUCGCAAGGGAACCACGUGACCAGAUUCGUGUUUACGGCGUUCGAGUUUCCCGAUAGUCGAGAUACAGUAAACAUCUAUUGUAACGCGACUUAUUGUGACGUCAGAGACACUUCAAACAAAUGUACCCAGGUGUGCCAUGGCUCACCGUCACUUGUUGGCCGAGCAAUUGGCUCGUGGGGUUAUGAUGACAAAAACUACAUUGUAUGAUGAAUAUAUGAA